AUGUCGCUCCAGGAGCCCAGCUUACUCUACGCCGUAAUGGCUUUCGCCGCUGUUCACCUUGAUGCCAUCAGUAUGCUGCCCGGAAACUCGCAACGACUUAUCGACAGUCUCCAUUGGGCAAGCAUCAACCAUCUCCGAAGAUUGUUGGAACAUGCUGACACCACGUCACAAACCGUAGCAUUGGCUACAACGAGAACGCUCUGCCAGGCUCAGAUCUAUGGUGGAACAUCAUUAUGGCGCAUCCAUCUCGAUGGUGCGCGUGCUAUCAUUCAGUCUUCUCAAACAGGCCAAGUGAUGACUCGGCCUAACAUUGCUGUGAACACGGGGUUUUUGGAUAGUUGGUUCCAUAAUGCGGAAGCACUAGCUUCCCUGAGCCCGGCCGGGCUGCUCGGUGGUCAGCUUCUUUUCCACGGCCAGUCUGACUCUGGGGCGUUUCUCGACAUUUACGGUGGCGUCAUGUCUGAUCUUCCAGCAUUGUUCAAAGAAGUCGGAGCUCUCCUGGAAAAGAAGCACACACGGACACCUGAACUCGAACUCGAAACGGAUAGUCUCGUCCAACAGAUCCUUGGUAGGCUUUUCCGCGACAAAGCCGAGAACAUGGUCAUCGCAUCAGAUAUGCUCUCGUCCCUCUCAGCGAACGAUAUCCAAAACUAUGCCCUCAGCAACGCCGGGUUUCUCUAUAUGGCACUCUUGCACCUGUACUGUAGUAUGAGAUCUCUGCCUCCUUUCGCUGCCGAAGUCCGCUUUUGCAUUGCUCAAAUCAUUAAUUGCGCUCAUAAAAUGUCUCGUGAGUCUGGACUGUCGCCUAGAGUACUGCUAGUCUCACCCUUGUUCACCGCUGGGCUUUAUGCUAUCGGGUCUGCGCGAGAUGAGAUCAGGCAUGAGCUGGCAGACAUCGGAAGAUGGAUGAAGACUCCUCAUCUUUUUAAGACACUGGAGCUAUUGGAAAGAGUUUGGCUUCAACAUCCUGAUGACUCCACGCGCACUUGGGAAACGAUUGAAGAUAUCAGCGUUGACUUUCUUCCUUACUAA